UUAUUGAACCAAGGUGCUGGUGGUAUAAUUCCACCGAUUUUACUCGAAGAAUCGCGAGUACCACGUUUUUAUAAAGAUGCAAUUGCACGUUGUGGUGCACCGCAUAGCAGUCAGUUGCCGCAUACUGCAUUGGUGUACAAUUUAAUGGUUACAUCACGAUUACCUAGACCUGUAUUGGGUAAUAUAUGGUCACUUGUUAAUAGAACUUUACCUGGACAAUUGACAAGACAGGAAUUCUUUUCUUGUCUUGCUCUUAUCGCCCUUGCUCAGGUCAUUUCUCUCAUUAGUGCGAUAUUAUCUCUUCAUUUAAAUAAUUGA